AUGUCUGCAUCCACCCCUCGCACCUCGCUGCGACAGGGCCUGCGCCACGCCCCGAAAGUCAAUCAACCCUUUAUCCCUGACACAACUCCCGCGCGUCGCUCCCACAUUCACCCCGGCCUGAGCUCGACUUCACCGCAGCCCCAAAGCUCGCACCCUAUGCAACUUGACCCUGCCGCAAACCCCACCAGCUCGCAGUUCGCCGUCGAAAGCUGGCAAGGAAAGGAUCACAGGCAGCUUCCCAUGUCAACAAGAGAGGUCCCAACACCCGGGAAUCGUCCGUUAAUCUUCGCCCAGUUGCGCGACCCCUCAAAAGCGCCCCGGCAAUUGGAUUACUUUGAUCCCUACUUUCCUCUCCGAUAUCUCGAGGUCCCAAGGAGUCAGUACCACCCAUCUAGUCCCAUGAUUGGUAGAAUAUCACUAACAUCGGGCAACUUCCCAGCGGAUCACAUAUACAAACGCGCCCACUAUGGUCUGCAGUCAGGAAUUCCAGAUGAAGUUGACUUUGCACUAUAUCACCUCGUUCAAAUUUCCAACCAACGCUGGGACAAAUUCAAGUUCGAGGGAUUCCCACUACUCGCCGAAACCCUGAUGCAGAAAGCACUCGAUAUCACACAACUUUGCACAGGGGUCAAAUGGGAGUUCCAGUACGAUCCGCGCCAGCCUAUUGACCGUGCCAAUGUUUUAAAUUCGCUUCAUGGUACAAGGGACAUUCUCGAUAAAAUCAGCAAAAUCCCAGUCAACCUCCCUGAUGAUUCCCUUGAAACCUACGAAUUCAACCACCAACUACGAAACAUCAAGGAGGCUACACUAGUUCUGAGGAACAUGGUUCUUCUCAGAGAGAAUGCCUUCUAUGUGUCUCGUUAUGCCAACGGUCUGUUACGGGACUUUUUGGUCAUCCUCAUCAAUGCUCCGAACCAGCCUCGCUUGAACGAAAUAAAGAACGAUGCUCUCGAUAUUGCUGAAGAAGUCACCAAGUUCCUGCGCACUGAUCCGAACGACCCACUGUGGAUCUCUCUGGUCAAAUGCUUAGAUUCCACGGACCGUGCCCAUGUUGUGCGAGCUCUGUGGGCUCUGACCCAUUUCGGGACUGAACUGGAUGAUGCAGAUGCCAACCGUGCCUUGGACACCAUGACAAAACCAACACUGGAACAGAUGUACUAUCACACGCUGCUCGACCUUGACAAGGAUAUUCUGAGCGGUGCCCUUGACUUCUGGUAUCAAUACACUCUUAGCCAUGAAAAUAUUGAGACAUUAAUGGAUGUCGUCAACUUCCCAAUCGUCUUUGUCCCGCGCAUGGUUGCCCUCUUGACCUAUGAAGCACGGCCUACCAAGCAUGAAACCGUUCUUCAGGAGGAAAAGGUUGCACCCCCACCGACCGAAAUCCCACGUGUUCCAGCUGAGCUCUUGGAAAAACUCAUGGAACUGUCAGAGCCGGAGCGAAGCUCGCAAUGGCUGCGAUGCUGCUUCAUUGAAGAUGCGGAAUGUGAAAUCACGCAAAUUGCCUUGUGGCAAGCCUACCAAAGCCGAUUUGCGGAUCCUCGUGUUGCAGGAGGAGGUGUUCUCCCGGCUGCGGAGUUUAUCAAGAAUGUCAGCAACACGUUCACAAAUGCCCAAGCCCAAGUCAUCAACGGGCCGGGUGCUACCACAAAGUUCAUCAUCAAGGGCAUCCGACCUCUAGAUACUGCCCACACCUUCGAGGGCUUCCCAUAUUCCUACUGCCGCUGGGCAGACCACUCCAAGCCCUCAAAGAUUUGCCAACGUGCUUUCACAUCACCAACCGACCUUCGCAAUCACGUCUUCAGCGAACACAUGAGCCUGGAGCCCACAGACUCGCCUGACACACCUGGUCAAUAUAAACUAGACGCUGCAGAGACGCCUAUCCACACUUGUCAAUGGGACCAUUGCGCACGGUUCCGAGCCUCUGGCCCCAGCGCCAACACCUCCAUGGUUGCCGGGCACGUCUCUGCACAUCUGCCCGAAGAUCGUGCCGCGGACGCACGGCCCACAACCGCCAAGCGGGCAGUUCUCCAGGAACGAAUCGUCCGCAAAUGGUACUACAUGGACACUCCGACUAACGAGAAGGGCGAACCUUUCGGCGUGGCCUACAAAGCCGCAUUGGUCCUGCGCAACAUCGCUCGAGGUCUUCCCAACCGGACGACCUCAAAGUACGGUGGACUUCCCUGGAAGAAGGCCUGUUUCACAAGCCAACGUCCCAAGGUCGUCGAGGUUUGGGAUCGGAACCGUGCCCUUCGCAAGGAGCUGACCGAGUUGAUCAUGGUCAUUGAGAAGGAAGUCGACUACUGA